AGCAAAUAUAAUGUUGCUGGCUUGCUUGUGCUGUUAAACUAGUAUUAGUUCUAGCAUCAUCCCCUAAUCCAUUUUGGUUUGACUCAUUGGUAAUCGCAUCGCUACACAUAAUAACGAUCAAAUAUAGUACUAGCGCCAAGUGAUUGCGCCGACGGGCAAGGCAAGGCAGCGAGCGAUGGAGCCUGAGGGCGACGCGCGGCAUCAGGGGCGGCAGGUGGAGGGCUCGGGCGCCCAACCGGCGCCCGCGGUGUCGCUCCGGCCGCUGGGCCUGGAGGACGUCGACGCGUUCAUGGCGUGGGCGUCGGACGACCGCGUGAUGCGCCACCUGAAGCGUCCCCUGUGCGCGACCAGGGAGGAGGCUGUGGCGCAGAUCAGGGACACCGUGCUGGGCCACCCGUGGUUCCGCGCCAUCUGCGUCGACGGAGGGCGGCCCGUCGGGCAGGUCAACGUAUGGCCCUACGCCGACGAGGGCGGCCACCGGGCCAACCUCGGCUACGCGCUGGCGCACGACCACUGGGGCCGCGGCAUCGCCACCGCCACCAUCAAGAUGGUGGUGGGGAGGGUGUUCGAGGAGCUGCCGGGGCUGGAGAGGCUGGAGGCGGUGACGGACGUCGGGAACGCGCGGUCGCAGAGGGCGCUGGAGAAAGCCGGGUUCCAGAGGGAAGGGGUGCUGCGCAGCUACAUCGUGCGCCGCGGCCCCGGCGGCGUCGACGCCAGGGACGCCGCGGUGUACAGCUUCCUCUCGUCCGACCGUCCACGGCUCGGGUGAUCGCGGCGGCAUUUCGGUCUUCGUGUAAAUUUCUACUGGUAUAACAAGUUAAAAUCUGAAACCGUGAUUCCUUCCCGAACUUGUUCUAGCCAGAGGGAUCUUGUCAAACUAGUUACUUGACCUGAAAAUUAGACGUAUUGUACACGUCUCAGAAUCAUCCACGACAUUGGCGGACCGUCCUUGGGACCAUACAGGGUCCUGGCCCGGUCUUUCAAACUUGCAAAAGAUUGUUACCAUCAUAUCUGGCCCAUGGAGAUUGAU